CAAUUUGGAACAGCGCCUGGCCUGACCGAGCCGAGAUCGCUCCUCGCCUCCUCCUCCUCCUCCUCCUCCUCCCGAGCCCCCACACUCCCGUCCACUCUUCCCGGCCGCUGCUCCGUGCUCCGGCUGGGUUGCCGCGGCGGACGGCCGAGCGCCAGGCGUCCCGCGCGACCGCGCCCAAGGCCCCAGCAGGCCCCAGCGGGUGCACCGCCUGCGGGCUGCAGCUGUGCGGCGGCGGCAUUCCUCAGCGGCCCAGCAUCGAGCAGUCCGCGAGACAACCACCGACUCGAAACACCGAGAUCGUGCUGAGCGGCAGCUAGAAAUGGCCGACAUCGCACUGGGCAUUGUGGAGAGGAUCAUCAAAGUUGCAUUCAAGCUCAAUGAAGCCGUGGGGACGGUCCAGCAGAACGAGGAGGAGUGCCGAGCUCUCGAGGAGGAGAUGGCCAUACUCAUCGCCAGCCUGUUGCCGCUCCAGGUGAUGGGGGCGGUGAACCCGGCGAUGACCAGAGCUCUGAUGGGUCUCGAGAAGACCAUCGAUAGUGCCCUCGAGCUCGUCACAAACUGCCAGGAGAAGCACACCUUCGUGCACCGUCUCUUCACGGCUAGCGACAUGGCUAAAAAGCUGGCUCGGGUGAAGGACGAUAUACACCGGAAAGUCGACAUGUGUAUCUUAGGGCUCUUAGCCAUCAGUGUGGAAUGCUACUGCUACACCGUCACUGUUCCAUUUAGCAGUGCUCAUCUUCCUCCGCUCGCACAGCUACAUCAGGAUGCUGGGAAGCUGGACAUGUCAUACAACAGUCAUGCCAGAUCUGGCGUCAACAGCAUGACAACAAUGUCCGUGACGGGAAGCGAGGUGCCCUAUGGUCCCUUAUCGGGAACAACAGAGCUUACCUUUUCCAAGUUGGAGGCAACUACACAGAACAUUUCAGGAGAAAACGUUGCCGAAGGAGGUGGCCAAACUCGAGUCUACACAAUGAAAAAGAUUGUAAUCAAGAUUAGUAUGAUCAGCGAUCGGAGCAGAGCUAAGGCUAUGGAGUUACUCGCCAAGGCUAACGGAGUGUCAUCGAUUGGGAUAGUUGGGGACGGGAGGGACAGGCUGGAGGUGGUCGGCGACGGCAUGGACGCCUUCUGCCUUGUAAAAUGCCUGCGCAAGGAGCUGGGCCACGCGGAACUCCUGAUGAUGGGGGAUGUCAAGGACAAAGAGGCACGGCCGGAGCCGGUGGUGGUGGUGAACACCGAAGAGGCGCGUCCUGCAGACGACAAGCCGGCCAGCAGGCGGCGGCGUUUCCGGGAAAAUUUUACCAAAUUAUUACCCAAAUUCGUGUGGUCGCGCACUCGCACAAGUAUUUCUCCUCCAGCACUAUCGCCGGCUGCAUCCCAUCUCUUCCCGGAUGUGUUGCCGUCCUCCACAGCCGUCGUCAGCACGGCCUCGCCGCCCUCCAGGGCGGUGGAUCCACUGCUCCCGCCCGUGAGGACGGCCCCGGCGCGACGUAGACGACGCACCGGCUUCAACAUGUCCAGAAUCCGGCGCCUGAGCGUGCCCCGGUUGGCCGCGACGCGCCGCCUCCCGACGACGCCGGAGCCCGGGGGUGCCGCGUCCGCGUGACGGGCCUAUUCAUGGUCUCCAAGAGUGCGUGGCCAUGUUCGACGGCCCGCUUCCCCCGGUGAUCGUGGCGGCACUCACGGGAGCCCCCUUUCUUCUGGUUGUAAUGCUAUUUCUCCAUCAGCUGUCAUGAAGAACAUAUGCAGGGACUCAGAUACCAGUACAAACUUAGUAGGUGCGAAAUCAUGCCUACUUUCUCUUCUACCAUGUACUUACGACACACACAGCACGUACAGAAGGUUGUUCCCACCUUCCCUGGAUGCACCAUCUGUUUGUUCUGCACAUCAGCAAGCAGAUGUUGCUUCUAAUGUCAAGUAGUUCAAGAUUUAAGCUGAAAACAUAAACCUGUAGUUUGAUGCAACUGUGAGCACAAUUAACAUGCAAGCAACCAACUGUAGUGUAGAAAGCAACCUCGUACGUAUGAUGAGUUCCAAAUAAAAAGGUUGAUGUAGCAAAAGGAACACCUACGUACUGUUCCUCCAAGCAAGCAAGAUUUUUUUUUUUGAAAAACCGGGUUUAUAUUUCAUUCAUAUUUUUCAUAUUUUGAUGCUUACAGUCCGGCGAGAUGGAGUAGCAAGCAAGAUUUCAGGGGUUCACAAAAGUUGCUGGCCCCAAACUACAAAUCCGUAACAUCGGAAUCCCGGUCCACGUGCUAGGCGUGCGUUCGUAAAUUCGUAUAAACUAUCUUUUUUUUUGAGAGGAAAUAAACUAUCUAAUAAAAGUCUGGGCUAUCAUCCAACUGGGCCGGAGACUACUGGGCCCAGUCAACGCAUAUCAGGCCUAUUUGUUCUAUCCUAUCCAACAACGGCGACCGUUGACACAGUGGAGCUAAGCCGCGGCCAAGCCAGCCGGCCACCCUACCACAACGUCGCCGCCGCUGGUACGGUACGAUGAGGACUUACCGUCCGCCCACUCCCUCGCUCGUUGGGACAGGCUGCAAGCCUAUCGUCUGGGAGGUAGCUAGCAGGCCCCACGUCGCCGGAAGAAGUGGGCCUGGGCCCUGGCGGAUCCCUGCGUUGUGCUCGCGCCCCAUGGAGUUCGCGCCGCCAAGGUGUUCGGAGAAAUGCUGCACCGGGACGCGCCGCGGGGUGGGCUAGGAACGCGGUAUCCGUCAAGCUCUUCAGUUUUCUGUGUCAUCGCACAUCUCAUUUGUCAUCAUGCAGUCUUGUUUACUUCAAGCGGGCGGACUUGGUCUCAUGUCAACUCUUGGCACGAGGUGGCAAGCUUUUAAAACUGCAGCUUAUAUUUUGAGGCCUCAAUUUCAGAGGUUCUUCUGGGAAGUUUCGGUCAAAGUGCUCGCAUUGUGGCUUGCCAAGGUGGAUUUGGGGACUUAGAAGUAAACUAUGUGAGCCACUGCCCAAACUUCUUCAACUAAUGGGGUUUCGAGUAAUUUAUGCGGCUGGUCUCAUCAACUCUGGCACGCGUUUCUUGGAUGAAUGAGGAAUACAUAGCAAUGGUAGCCUUAGUCCUUCCCUGACCAGCACCAGCUGCAUGCACCUGGAUCAUCAGGUGAGGUGAGAAGGGUGACAAAGGAGGGACGGACACCGCAUUGAAGAUGGCGCUAUGGAACGGACUGGGACAGGCUGCCACCGUCGUGCAGCUGGCAGGAGUCGAUGCUGGUGGGCUCAUCUCAAUGAUUGUUCAGGCUAUGCAAACUGUUCACCGGAACAGGGAGGAGUGCCGACAGCUUAUGCACCAUGUGAUGAUGAUUGGUGAUCUCCUACGGAUGCUUCAACAGUCAAAAUUGAUGCGGCGCCCAGAGAUCCGGAGACCACUAGAUGGGUUAGAGGACACACUCCGGCAGCAAUACAUGCUUGUUGCAUCCUGCCAGCAGAGCAACAUCAUGCAUCGCUUCCUCAUGGCAGGAAAUCAGGCUCAAAAGUUACAUGAUAUCCGAGAUAGAAUUGAUUCAUAUCUCAGGAUCUACCCUUUGAUCAGCCACAUCGACACCAGAUAUUUUUUGAGUGGACUGUACAGUUGUGCCCAUCCUUCAGCCCCCCAACCCCAGGUAUACAUGUUUAAGUAGUUGGAUAAUAGCUUAUUGUCUGUAUUGUCGCUCUUAUGGUUUUAGGACCUCGCCUAUUGAAACUGGUGAAUGCCUCAAGGACCAAUUCUGGCACAGACCAAGAAUAGGUUUUAUGUCCAGUAAAUAAUUCAAUAGAACAUCAGCAUUCUAUUAAAGUGAAUGCUUAUUAAAGGUAUUCAAUAAACAUGUCAGUGGAUUUUAAAUUUAUUUGCACUCUUUUCCUCCUAUGAGGUUCAUGUUUCUAUUUCAAGCAAACAAUGAGAUGCUCAGGUUUGUUUUCCUGUUAUUGAGACAUUCGAUGAACUACAUAAUAUGCAUAGUAAUAUGAUCAUAUUAAUUUUAUAGAUUUUUUUUAUUAUCACCAUCAAUCGGUCUACUAGGAUAUUUAAAAGUUCACUCUGAAUUAUCUCAUUUUUUGCUUGAAGCUAGAACAACCAAUGAUCUAUCUGCUAUCAUCAUCCAAUCACAUAGUUACGUCAAACUCCUGAUCCCGCAAUUAUCAUUCAAAAUGCUAAGAUGCUUUAUCAUUUCAGGCUUCAGAAGAGAUGCUGGAGUCAUUUGCUAGCCACGCAAACCCUGGUUCUCAGUACAGUGUUUUCAAUAUGCAGUUAACUUGUCUUCUCGAAAGAAGCACUUUACUCCUUGAUAUGUGAUCAUAUCACACAUAUGUCCAUCUUAUUCACACAUUUUACAUUGUUGAUGUGUUAAAACUGUAAGAUUAUAAGAGGAAGUUUCUUUAAGCAAAGCAAGAGGUUCUGUCAUUUAUUUGUCUAGUGACAGUGGUGGAUCAUAUAUUCCAUUAUAUCCCUCAGUACAUAGGAUUCUUUCGAAAGACUUUGUCUUACAUAAUUAGGUUUUCUGUACCUUUGUACCGCCCAGGAUCAGUCAGUUUCUGCUUAUUGCACAAGAGGAAGCUGAGUACUGGAUGCUGGCUGGUGCUAAGGGGUUAAGUGCCCUGGUUGCUGUUAGCCCUGGUGGGCAGCAACCUUGAUUAGUGGGUCUAGGGUCGUUCUUUCGCUUUGUUCCAGGCGCGUCUGUCGCCUAAAAACAAAUCAAAUCUCCCUCCCUGUUUAAGGGUAGGGGUGGAGUGGUGUCUGUAUGUCUACUUUAGCCUCCUUUUUUCUAUCUUAAUGCAAUGAUACACAGCUCUCCUGCGUAUUCAAGAAAAAAAACCUAGAGAAACAUGAUUGCCAAAUUACUUUAUCUUGCCUAAAGUGUCUAUGUUUUUAGUGUUUAACAGUGUGAUAAUGACAAUAUUCAGGACCCAAGGAAGCACCUGUAAAGACAAUGACAUUGAAUCUGUAGAAGUUCAAGUGGUAACUGAGCCAAUUGCAGUGGAAGAAGUGCAGCAGGAUGGUUAUCGAAGCACUGAACAAUUGCCACGUAGGAAGAAUCGAUUUAGGUGGCUUACUCAAUGGGCUCAAAGGGAUCCAUCAACACCUCAAUCCAUCCACAACUUCAUUUGUCCUGGUCAACAAUCAGGAGGCUAUACAGUAUUUUCUCCAAGAUGUCUGCGUCUACAAAUAAUUUCUCGUCUCACAACGUAAUUGGAAAAGGUGGUCAUGGCCAAGUUUACAAGGGUGUAUUGCCAAAUGGGCUUGAUGUUGCAAUAAAAACCUGUCAUGUAUUUCAUGCAUCUAGUCUACGUGAAUUUGAAAAGGAGCUUCAAAUUAUCCCAAAACUUCAGCAUGCAAAUAUCAUCAAACUUCUGGGAUGUUGCAUUGAAGGCGACAAAAGGAUUUUAGUAUAUGAAUAUAUGCCAAGAGGAAGUUUACACAAUAUAAUUCAAGAGCUGAAAGCAGGUGUCUUCCUUGCCUGACAUUUACGGUUUCAGAUAAUUGAAGGUAUUGCCCAGGGUGCUGUCUAUCUGUCUAUCUGUCUAUCAGCUGAUAGAUGCAUCACUGCACGACGAGCCUCGAAUAAGCGAGAUACUACGAUGCUUGCAGAUAGCAAUGCUGUGUGUUCAAGAGAAACAGGCAGACAGGCCGACCAUGUUGGAUGUUCUAAUGAUGCUGAAAUGUGAGAGUAUGGCCUUGCCUGUCCCUAGGGCUCCAGCAUAUAGAUUGAAAGAAGAAGGGGCUGACACGUCAGCAGAUGCCAGCCGUACAAGCUAUAGAAGUGCACAGCUGGCGACUGAAGAGGAUGAAGAAAGCUACUCAUACUUCAGCUGUUGCUCUGAUGAUGUGGGUUGUUCUCAUGAUGCUGAAGAGCGAAGAUAAUCUUCAAGAUGAAAUCACGAAGCAGCUGGAAGCCUGCACGAUGCAAUGUAACUUGUGCAGGAAGAGUGGAAGACUCGGGCAUGAUUCUUUUGUACUACGUGACGCCAUUCCUUUUACCUUUUGAGUGGACGUGACGCCAUUCUUGAGGAGACGAUUCGAAACCCUUGUUGCAAACAAUUCGAGGCUAGCGAAUGUGUCCUGGCAACAAUAAAUUUUACCAAAAGUUUUUUUUUAAGACUGAUGAAACUACCGUUUUGUACAA